AAAUGAAUUGAACCCAUUAAUAAUUUCAACAUUUUUCAUACUCAUAACUUGUCCACUUGCAUACCUACACCAUGUCAAGUGAAAUAAUUUGGAGCAAAGAAGAAGAGAAAACUUUUGAAAAUGCCAUUGCUAUGCAUUGGGUGGAUGAGGACUGUAAAGAGCAAUGGGAGAAGAUUGCUUCAAUGGUCCCUAGCAAAACUAUGGAUGAGUUAAAGCAACACUACCAGUUGCUGGUGGAGGAUGUAAGUGCAAUAGAGGCUGGACAUAUACCACUUCCUAACUAUGUGGGAGAGGAAGCAUCAUCUUCAAACAAAGACUGUCAUGGCUUUUCUGGUGCCAUGGCUUCGGAUAAGAGAUCAAAUUGUGGUUUUGGAAGUGGGUUUUCAGGGUUGGGACAUGACUCAACCGGGCAUGGUGGGAAAGGAGGGUCCAGGUCAGAGCAAGAACGAAGAAAAGGGAUUCCAUGGACAGAAGAAGAACAUAGGUUGUUUCUACUUGGUCUUGACAAGUUUGGGAAGGGGGAUUGGAGAAGCAUUUCAAGAAACUUUGUCAUUUCCAGGACUCCCACACAAGUGGCUAGCCAUGCCCAAAAGUACUUCAUUCGCUUGAACUCAAUGAAUAGAGAUAGGAGGAGAUCAAGUAUCCAUGACAUUACUAGCGUGAAUAAUGGAGAUGCCGCUUCUCAUCAGGCACCAAUUACUGGCCAACAGACCAACAUGAACCCAUCAAGUGUAGCCACUAUAGGACCACCAGUGAAGCAUAGGGCUCAGCCACAUAUGCCUGGUUUAGGCAUGUAUGGAACGUCGGUUGGACACCCGGUCGCUGCUCCUCCGAUGCAUAUGGCAUCAGCUGUUGGGACUCCUGUCAUGCUUCCUCCAGGACAUCAUCCCCAUUCACAUCCUCCCUAUGUUAUGCCAGUUGCUUACCCAAUGGCUCCUCCGCCAAUGCACCAAUAACAUUCCCUCUAAGCAAAAUUUUAGGUUACCCUUCGAAGGAAGUGGGUUGUGAAAGGGAAAAACACGUUUGUAUAGGAUUUUUUUUAAUAAUAAGUUGGGGAGGAGAUAUUUGAACCUGAGUUCUUCUUUAUGGGAGAACUAAGUAAUACUAUUGAACUACAAGACUUUUGACGCAUAGGAGACUAGUUCACUAAGAACACAAAACUACUUUGUUGUACUAAAUUCUAAUCAAAUUAAGUUUGAUAGAUUAUUCCUA